CUAUAUCAGGACAUAAACACGGAUGAGAUCGAGUGUAACUUGUAUAAAAUGUUUGUUUAUGAGGAGGGAAAGAGAGCCCUAAGGGAAACUCCGACUUAAGUCAUAUACACAAUAUUCCCUCAUCUAGAGCUCAUGAAAAAUAACGAGUUCAAUAAGUCAGAACUGAUAAGAUGCGUUAAGUUGGCGUGGGCAGCAAUUACAACCGAUCAGAUUAACGCCCUUAUCGACUCUCUUCCGCAUCGGAUUGACGCCUGCAUUCGCACACGCGGAUGGUAUACCAAAUAUUAAAGAGAAAAAUCAGGGCUUCAAAAUGAUAUAUAAAACACCAAAAUUGACCGUCAAUUAAUAUAUUUCUUUAUAUGCGAAUUUAUCGCAUCCAAAUGAAUUCAGUUGGUUUAGGG